UGAGUCCACCUCUUCUGUCCCAAGAUGCUGAGAAGAGUCCUGUGUACAAUGUUGUUGGUGGGAGCCUUGCCAUCACUGGCUGAAGUGUCCCAGGGCCACAUCUCAGUGGUCUUACUGGGAGCCACAGGUGAUUUGGCCAAGAAGUAUUUGUGGCAGGGUCUAUUCCAACUCUACAUAGACCAAGUGAGCAGUGGCCACAGCUUCACCUUUCAUGGGGCUGCACUGACAGCUCUGGAGCCAGGGCAGAGGCUGAUGUUUGAUGUGCUGAAGAAGCUGGCCUGUCCCCCUGAUGAACCUCCCAACAGAUGUGCUGUGCUCAAGGACCAAUUCCUGAAGCUGAGCCAAUACCACCAGCUGGAGACUGCCGAAAACUACACUGUGCUGAACAGAGAGAUUGAGACGCUGCUUCGCCAGGAGGGGCUGAAGGAGGCUGGAAGGAUCUUCUACUUCUCAGUGCCACCAUUUGCCUACACAGAGAUUGCCCGCCACAUCAACAGCAGCUGCAGACCCCCUCCAGGAGCCUGGCUGCGUGUGGUGCUGGAGAAACCUUUUGGCCAUGACCUGGAGUCAGCCCAGCAGCUGGCUGCAGAGCUGUCCAGCUUCUUCAAGGAAGAGGAGAUGUACCGGGUGGACCACUACCUUGGCAAACAGGCUGUAGCCCAUAUCCUGCCUUUUCGAGAUCAGAACCGAGAGUUUCUGGAUCCAAUUUGGAACCGACACCAUGUNGAAAGAGUGGAGAUUGUCUUGAAAGAAACUGUGGAUGCUAAAGGCCGCACCAGCUUCUAUGAGCAGUAUGGAGUCAUCCGGGAUGUGCUUCAGAACCACCUCACAGAGGCCCUGAUGUUCCUGACCAUGGAGCUCCCAGCCAAUGUGAGCAGGACUGAAGAGGUUUUGCAGUGCAAGCUGCAGGCCUUCCAGUCCUUGCAGGGCCUGGAGAAAAACAGUGCUGUGUUGGGUCAGUAUCAGGCAUAUGCCAGCCAAGUACAGGAGGAACUGCAGAAGGCACAAGACUACAUAAGCACAACACCAACCUUUGCAGGUGUGCUGAUUCACAGUGAUAACCUGCGUUGGGAAGGAGUCCCUUUCCUCCUCACUUCUGGGAAAGCUCUGGAUGAACGGGUAGGUUAUGUCCGUGUUCUCUUCAAGAACCGGGCCUACUGUGCUCAGAGAGAGACUCUGAGGGACGCCGGGCACAGCCAGUGUAAAGCCAAGCAGAUCAUCUUCUACAUUGGGCAUGGUCCCCUCAACAUCCCCGCGGUGCUGGUGAGCAGGAACCUCUUCAGGCCUGUCAUGCCAGAAGGCACUUGGAGAGAAAUACUGGGUCAGUCAGACCUGCAUAUUUUUGGACAACCAUUGUCUGAUUACUAUGUGUACAGCCCUGUGAAAGAGAGAGAUGCAUAUUCUGUCCUCAUCUCCAACAUCUACCAUGGCAGGAAGGACUUCUUCAUUACCACUGAGAACCUGCUGGCCUCCUGGGCAUUCUGGACACCCCUGCUGGACAGCAUUUCCCACCAGCCCCUGCGCCUGUACCCUGGGGGUGUGGAGAACCAGAACCUCUUAGACUUUGAAAUGCUGAGUGGGGAAGUGGCAUUCACACUGGCAGAGCCAGUGGAGCUGCUGAACCCAAACAAGCUGAUGCCAAGUGACUACAGGACGAUCCAGUCCAAAUAUCGGCAAAAUCCCCUGGUCUCUGCAUGGUCUGAGGACCUGAUUUCCCAGCUGGCUUCUGACAUGGAGAAGACAGCAAGCAGGGCUGUGGCACACACUGGGCAGUUCCACCUGGCCCUCUCAGGUGGCUCAAGCCCAGUGGUCCUAUUCCAGCGGCUGGCAAGACACCAUUAUGCCUUCCCGUGGAAGCACACCCACAUCUGGCUGGUGGAUGAACGCUGUGUCCCUUUCACUGACACCACGUCCAACUUCUUCACCUUGCACAAGCACCUCCUCCAGAGUGUCCGGGUGCCCUACUUCAAUGUCCACCCCAUGCCUGUGCACCUGAACCAGCGGCUCUGCGUGGAAGAGGACAGAGGCACCGAGCUGUAUGCCAAGGAGAUCAUGGCCCUGGUGGCCAAUGCCAGCUUUGACCUGGUGCUGCUGGGGGUGGGCACUGAUGGACACACUGCCUCACUCUUCCCUCACUCUGAAAGUGGCUUGGAAGGGGCUCAGACUGUGGUGCUGACUGAAAGCCCUGUCAAACCUCACCAAAGGAUGAGCCUUAGCCUACACCUCAUCAAUAAGGCCAAGCAGGUGUUUGUCCUGGUUUUGGGGAAGGGUAAGCAUGACAUCACCACCCUGCUCAGCAGAGUGGGCCAUGAGCCAAGGAAAUGGCCUAUCUCGGGUGUCAGCCCCAGCUCUGGCCAGCUGGUGUGGUACAUGGAUUAUGAAGCUCUGCUUGGGUGA